GGUAGCUGGAUAUGGACCUCUUCAGAUGACCUUAACAUGCAGUGGGGAUCAAGCAGAAGAAGGCACUCUCUGAGGUAACCUGAACCUAAGCUGUUCAGGGCUUUAAAGCCCAUUAGUCCAAUCCAGGAGAGAUGGAAGCCACCAAUGAGACUAUGGUGACUGAAUUUGAAUUAGUUGGGUUCCGAGACCUGCAGAAUUUCCACACAUUGCUGUUUGUCAUUUUGUUACUAAUUUACUUGUUCAUUCUUAGUGGCAACACCAUCAUCCUCAGCCUAAUUCAGACCUGCCCUCGUUUUCACAUCCCCAUGUAUUUUUUUAUUGCUGUGUUGGCUGUUCUAGAAAUGUGCUACACCACUGUCACCAUCCCCAAGAUGUUGGCAGACGUGCUGCAAAGGAAGAACCGCAUCUCCUUCAGUGGCUGCCUUCUGCAAAUCUAUUUCUUCCAUGCCCUGGGAAUUACAGAAGCCUGCUUGCUCACAGUCAUGGCUUAUGAUCGGUACUUAGCCAUCUGUACUCCAUUAAAUUAUCCAACCACCAUGACCACCAAACACUGCUUCAAGCUGGUGGUUGGAUGUUAUGCUUGUGGAUUUGCCUGUCCCUUGCCAGAAAUCAUCCUGCUUUCCAGACUGCCAUUCUGUGGGACCACUCACAUCAAGCAUAUAUUCUGUGAUUUCCCUCCUGUAUUUAGUCUCAUAUGCUUCGACACAUCCACCAUCAUCAUGAUAGACUUCAUCAUCCAUUCCUUUGUCAUCCUUGGCCCAGUAUUUCUUAUAGUCCUCUCUUACAUAAAGAUAUUGGCUGUGGUAUCCAAGAUCCAGAGCCUUGAAGGGCGUCAGAAGGCUUUUUCAACUUGUGCUUCCCAUCUCAUUGUGGUCUUUGCCUUUUUUGGAACCACAGGGUUCAUGUAUGUCCGCUUGUCUCAAGCCAGGUCAUUAUUUUAUGAGAGGAUCAUAGCUGUGAUCUAUGCUGUCCUCACCCCACUCUUCAACCCCAUUGUCUAUACUUUGAGAAACAAAGACAUUCAAGAAGAGAUUAGAAAAAUGAUUAAACUUCCAGAUGUGCCAUUGCAGGCUUGGAGACAUAUUGGAUACUGAUGCAUUUUGACCACUAGAUUCAUCAUAGGUUUUUUGGGUUUUUUAAAGUACAGUCAUCCCUCACAAACUGAGAGGGUUCUGUCCCAGGAAAACCUCGCAGUUGGUGAAUUAGCAGUUGGCGAGCCAUUGAAAUCAAUGGCAAAUGGGGUUAGGGGAAUCGCAGUCGUUAAAAGACUGCAAAAUACAGUUAAAAAUAGGAAAUGAUCCCUCCAAAUUGCCAUGCGUCAGUAAGAGGAGUGAAGGGGAACCCCGGAAAUUAUCCCCUGAUCCCCCAAAACUGAA